AUGAUCGCUGCUGCAUCUGUUUCUUCGCAUCAACACGCGCGCACACAACGCGCUCGACCCAUCAUCGAUAAGAAGCUUCGUGCCAUCGAUAUCUCUCAACAACAAUUACAUACCCUUCCUGGGGCGGUGAUCGAGAAGCGUCUCUCAUUGGAGCACCUGAUCGCCGAUGGGAACAAUUUGAACGAGAACGCGUUGCACAUUCCACGUUUUCCAAGGCUGAAAACGUUGUCGUUGAACGCGAAUAAGAUCCGAGACGUCUCCCUCCUCCUUGAACAUUUACAAGAGGCCUGCCCGAAUCUCGAGUUCUUGUCACUGAUCGGGAAUCCCGGUUGGCCGCACCCAAUACACUCUCAAGGAAACGACUUGGGACCGUAUAAAAAGCACAGACAUCUCACCGCUCGCGCACUUCCGCGUCUUAAAUUCUUGGACUCCGCUGAGGUUCGUCGAAAAGCCUCAUCUCGCUCCUCGCAAUCGUCGUUGUCCAGUUGUGCCACCCCAUCGCCACCGUCAACACCAGAAGUGACCCCACCACCUUCCCCUCUGCCCGACCCAAUCCACAAACCGUCUCUCCAUUUCAACUCUCGUCGCUGCUCAGAGCAAUCGAUCGUGCAAAGUUUCGAGACGGAAUCAUUAGAAAAUUCGGACCUCCCGUAUCUCAUUAAUCAACUUGAGAAUUUU